GUCCGAGAUCGUGAACGAGAACCAGCCACAGCUUGCCGCGGUCUGUGCGCAUCAGUGCUGCACUAUCCACUUGGGAGCGUACUAGUGUUGGGCGAUAUUCCGUAUGUGGAUAUUCCGCUUGCCGGUUCUUGCGUGUUUUGUGUUGUUAUUUUUGUUUACGCCAUAGCAUGUAUGACAUCGCUUUGGAUUAUCCGACAUGAAUCUUACAGAAGUGACAGUCAAAUAUCCUAGGGGUGCUACAAUUUUUGCGGCUUGUUGUGCUAGCAUUUUUUGUGUUCUCGGAGUCAUAGGUAACCUGGUGACUAUUUUGGCACUAACUAGAUGUCCAAAGCUUCGCAUCCAUGCCACUACGGCCUUUGUAUUGUCUCUGUGCAUCUCUGAUUUGAUAUUUUGCUUGGUGAAUCUACCACUGACUGCGUCCAGGUAUAUAAACGAGGCUUGGACAUUUGGAGAUGCACUUUGCCAGUUAUUCCCAGUUUUGUUCUAUGGGAAUGUUGCUGUUUCUGUACUCAACAUGGUUGCCAUUACAUUAAAUAGGUAUGUUCUUAUAUCGUGUUACCAAUACUACAGUUGGCUCUAUUCGAAAAUUUCCAUAUGGGUACAGCUCAUUUUUAUAUGGGGUGUCGCAUUUUUAUUAAUGCUUCCACCAUUGCUUGGUAUCUGGGGGCAACUUGGAUUGAAUCCCUCAACAUUCUCGUGCACGAUAUUGCAGAAGGAUGGAAAAUCUCCGAAAAAAAUUAUUUUUCUGAUCGGAUUUGCCUUACCUUGUACUGUAAUAAUUAUUGCAUACUCCUGUAUAUAUUACAGUGUUCGGAAGUCGAGGAAGAAGUUGAAAUCUCACCAGCCAUUGCCAGACAAAAGGAUAACGAAGAGAGAAAAAGACGACCGCAGAUUGACAAAAUUGAUGGCCAUAAUCUUCAUAUGCAUUCUUCUAUGUUUCUUGCCAUUGAUGAUCGUCAAUGUUUUCGAUGACAACGAUCCAAAAUAUCCAGUUCUUCAUAUAUUAGCGUCAGUGCUAACCUGGGCAUCCAGUGUGAUAAAUCCUUUCAUUUAUGCAGCUAGCAAUAGGCAGUACAGAUCUGCUUAUUCGAAAUUAUUCAGGAUUGUUAAAUCGAGCGUAGCCUUUUCUGACUCGAAACAGGGCUCAAGAGCUUCCAAAGAGAAAAUUGGCUCAGUUACUUUGAAACCCAGUGGAGCUAGCAGCUAAUCUACAGAUUUUUUAUUUUUAGGUGGUUAUAGUUACAAAAAGUUGUAUAAUGAACUCCAGGAAAAAUGUUCAUGUUUAGGCUUCAAGGGAAGAAAAAAUUUUUUACAUAAAAUCUAAUGCUAGAAAAAGUAUGAUUUGCUACAGUAGAAAAAAGUUUUAGGCUACUACAGUACAGAAUUUGAGACUGCAUUAUCGCGCUGUUUCCCUAAACGGAUUAAUUUUAUCCAAACAUGUUAGGACGCUUUAUUAUCAACAAACAUUUUCAUUUCUUGUGGUGUCUUGGAACACAUUGUUUCUAUCAGUAUGCAUUCCCAAGAAAAACAAAAUAAAUAUAGAAUAAUGAAAAUGAACAAAAAAAAGAUAAGACUGAAAGUUUUCUUCAUAAUUAUGUAAAACCAAAUAUGCCCUAGUUAAAAUUCUGCCAACUUAGGAAAUAUUCACAAGCUAUAGUUAGGCUUCCUUUUUUGUAUUCCAGUGAAGUUACCAUUUAUGUGUUUGUUCAGAAUGUACUUUUUUCUUUAUAUUGUAUAUUAUUUUGAUAAUUAUGUGAUAUAUAUUUUUGUAAUGUAUAAAUCUAUAUAUUUAUUCAACUUUCAGCAGAAAUGCAUAUCUAUUUUUAUAGUCUGACAAGAAAAUUGUCUUACAUACCUAAAUGUUUA